GCUACUUUCGCUUUGAGAUCAUUAACAACAACGUGAACAUGGUUCUCGAGGAGUGCAUAGUGAAAUUCAUAACAUUUUCAAACCAACGGUUGCAGAGAAAUUCUCGGCUGUGGCUUUAUCAUAUCAAAAUUUUGUUUUUCUCGAUCAUUCGAUGGCUAUUCGUCGAUGGACCAUGGUGUGAACAUUGCAAAAGGAGGGGAGGCACGUACAAGCUAGCAAACUUUUAUUGCAACAUCUGCAAAACCUUAUUUUGCAUUGAAUGUCAAGAUUGCCAUGAAUUGUAUGGAUUGAAAAAUUGUCUUGAGGGUUCAGUUCUCAUGUCUCAAUUUUGUAGUAUCUGCAAAACAAGUGGCAAAAUGGGAAUUGCUUUUAGGCAUUGCACUGAGUGUGGUUACUACCUUUGUAAAGAGUGCUCAUUGUAUCAUACAAGAAACAAAGUGCUCAAGACACACAUACUUGAUAGAGUGAACAAAGAUCACUCAAAGCAUGUAUGCAGCGGGUGUGGCGAAACUGAACAAAGGUCGCAUGCACACCCACCGUUCACGUACUGUACACAUUGUAAAUGUGUGUUUUGUGAAGCAUGCUUCACCAAGAACCACGAGAACGAAUGGCCAAGCAAGCAUAUCAACGUUAACACUCGUACAUGCAGUAGGAUCUUUCCCUGUGGGCCAUGUUUUCUCAGAAGACAGAUCAACAAAGCAGUUUUUUACUGCACUUCCUGCGACUUUGAACUGUUUUGUGAAGACUGUGCAAAGUACCACGGGCGGCAAAAAAUUGCACUUUCCCAUGAAUUACAUACAGACAUGGAAAACAUUGAUUCGGAAAUUGAAAGAUUGGAAAUAGCAAAGGAAACACGAACGUGUGAUGGUUUCUUUAUUCCUGGUAUUCCCACUAUUGAUGGUGUUGGGGUAAACCAUGUCAGACUUUCUUGGAACCAGCCAGUUAUACUUCCUCACAAUGGCAGAUAUCGCAUCAGCACAAACACUCCUGGUGUAAAACAGUGGUCAGUCUACGAUGAAGGCAUCGAGCGUAAUGAGAAUGUUAAAGUGGAAGAUUUAACUGAAAACAGGAAGUAUCGGUUUAAAGUCACUUUAGUUUUCAAUGAGAAUGAAAGUUUUCACAGCCGGGAAAGUGAAUGGGUCGUUACGAAAGAAUCUGAGGUUUCAAAAUUAGCCAAACAGGCAAUAGAAAUACCGAGCGAGUCAAACUUAGAGCCUGCGAAAUAUAUUGUGCCAAUGUCUGAGGUCACUGUCAAUACUGACAGCGGAGGUCGAAUUAAAGCAUACUCCAUUGGAAGUUGUGACGCUGUAUGCCAGUCAGUACAAGAAAGGACUAUUCUGCUUAUUGGUGAAACAGGUACGGGAAAAAGCACAAUGGUUGAUGGGAUUGUAAACUUUGCUCUUGGGGUAGAAUGGAAGGAUCCUGUUCGUUUUACCGUCGGUGAACAUUUAACUGCAACACAAAGCCAGGCUUCAUCCCAAACACAAUGGAUCAAUUGCUACCAUUUGUUCCCUGGAAAUAGUGGGAGAGUUCAGUAUCAAGUAAAUAUUAUAGACACGCCCGGCUUUGCGGACACUCGAGGCAUCGAAAGGGACAUGGAAAUAGUCCAUCAAAUUGGCGAGCUUUUUCAAAACUGUAACAAGUUGGGAAUUUACAGUAUUGAUGCCGUAGGAUUUGUUGUCAAGUCACCAGACGCAAGAUUGUCCGUUUCACAAAGAUAUGUGUUUGAUUCUAUUAUGUCUUUGUUUGGGAAAGAUAUGGAAAAAAAUGUAUACGCUUUCAUCACAUUUGCCGAUACAAGUUCCAGCCACGACCCGCCUGUUUUGGCAUCAUUAAAGGCCUCCGGAUUUAGUUUUGCAAGACAUUUCAUUUUCAACAACUCAAGCCUAUUUGCGGGAAAUAAGUCAGAAACAUGCAUAUGCGAGGUUUUAAAACUCUUUUGGGAAAUUGGAUUAAAAAGCUUUUUUGAUUUUUUUGGUACACUUGAAAGGAACGAGGGACCGACACUCAACUUGACGAUAGACGUUUUGCAAGAAAGAAGGCGAAUUUCUAGCCUGCUUACACAAUUGCAGCCCUAUGUUGACAAUGGUUUCAGUCUUGUUGAAACAAUGCAGACCUUAAAACGGGAUAUUGCACAAAGCAAAAAGGACACAGAACUUAGCAUGAAUUAUGAAACGGUCCAUUACGUUGAAUACCAAAAUCAUAUAAAAUUACCUCCAGGCAAACAGUCUACCUUUUGCUCAAACUGUAACGUGACAUGCCACAAAAUCUGUACUGUCGUUUUUGAUCAUCAGAAACGUCAAUGCGAUGUUAUGAACAUUAGUGGGUACUGCACAAUAUGUCCUGGUCGCUGCGUAUGGAAUUCACACAUAACAUCAUCCGAUGUAUAUGAAAUGCUUAAGAGGGAACAAAGAUGCAAGAAUCAGCGAAUGUAUGAAAGCAACAUGAAAGCUGUUGACACAACUAAGAAUUUACAAACUUUAAUAAGUGAUACAUAUACACAGCUACAACGAUGCCGAACAGAGAUAGAACGCUUAAUUGCACAGCAUGAUGAGCUUGAAAAUUCUUUGGAAAGGAUGGCUCUUGCACCACAUUCGAAACUUGCCAAAGAAAUGAUAGAGAUAAUGAUUGAAAACGAAAAGAUGCUUAAAUCCCAUCGUUUCUUAGAAACAAUAAGCAGAUUAAAUACAUUAAAAAGUCAGUUAGGUGCCCUACAAAAUGCUGGUUCGUUUUUGAAAUUAGCAUCCAGAGCGAACGGCGAUAUAUGAUUUUGAAAUUAGCAUCCACAGCGAACGGCGAUAUAGAAUUUUGAAAUUAGCAUCCACAGCGAACGGCGAUAUAUGAUUUUAAAAUUAGCAUCCACAGCGAACGGCGAUACAUGAUUUUGAAAUUAGCAUCCAGAGCGAACGGCGAUAUGUGAUUUUAAAAUUAGCAUCCAGAGCGAACGGCGAUAUGUGAUUUUGAAAUUAGCAUCCACAGCGAACGGCGAUAUAUAAUUUUGACACGCAUUUACGUGAUUACGUAAAGGUGAAUUAAAAGAAAGACGAUGUCAAAAUUUAAGCAAACUCUAUAAACAUACAUUUUGAUACAAGGUCUGUGCGAUCACAAUGAUCAGUACGAGGAUAUCUGGGCUAAAAUAUGACACGUACGAUCAUUAAUUUUAAUCUCGUAAUGUUUUAACCGUUGCUUCGGGUAAAAUCCGAAUAUUGCACGAGAGGAGGUCAAGUUUAGUGGAAAGUGAUUUUGAAAUAAUGACGGAUGAAUUUCCGAAGACGUUUGACGAAAGUGUGAUCAAAUAAUUGAUUUUCGAAACACUACUGGGCUAUUCACGGAAUCAACAAUUUUUUAAGACUCAAAUGAAUGCCAUUUAGUUCAUUGCUUCUUGUCUCGAUUCUGAUUUCCAUGUUUGAGAAAUACACUUCGAAAUCACAUAGUUCAUAUGAUCAUUCGGGUAUUUUCAUAUAACAUUAUGCUAAUGACUUCUGUUACUAUUAAAAGUUAUACAGGUGUUUAUUCUUUUUGAUUAUUUUUGUUGUUGUACCAAUUAUUACAGAAAAAUGUAUUAUCGUUUUGAUUCCUCAUGUAAGUGUUGUUCUAAAUAAACUCGAUCUCUAAAGUUUACUUCUCUGCAAUAAAUACCCUAAAAUACCAUGCUUUAACAAUAUCACGAAGGCAUUUCGAUUUUAUUUGGGUUUAGGUAACGUUUGAAAAAGAACUCCUUUCCAAAUCUAUUCAUCAUAUAUUGUUACCUAUUUUGAGUGUUUCUGAAA